GCGGCACCUGGUAGUCCCCCAAUCUCCAGUGGACCAGGACUUAAAUCACAGCCUGGUCUGCUGUAGAAAGCCAGCGGUGCAGCUGCUGUUUUUUAAGAACAAACAUCUGCCUGAUUACUGCCAGCCUGCUGCAACAUGGUCUACAGCUGAAUUCACUGCUCAGCAGAGUCAGAAAGAGAAACAGAGGUGAAUGAGGGAAGCUGCUGUUUCACUGUUUGGCAGAAAGUGUUGGAGCAAAAUUAGGAGGUGAAGAAACCGGCAGAGGGUGGAGAAGGAGAGCCGGCAACAGGACGAAUCAGAAAGGAAGAGUGGAGGAAAAAUAAGAAAACAGAAAAGAAAACAUAGGAGUCCACAGCUGAAGAGAAAGGAAUGAGAUGAAAGUCUAGACGGUUAAAUUGCAGUGGGCUGUGGAGAGCCGGCGGAGCAGAGCGGCAGCAGGAGCGAUUGUGGGCGGGGAGAGGGAGGAAGUGUGGUCGACAGGAGAGGAAUUUAAGCCCCAUUGUUCUGGAGGAGCAGAGGCAGAGAGAGCUGGAGAGCAGAGGAGUCGAAAACCGCCGACAGACGCUUGACAACAUGGACGUGAGCUCAGCCAUGGAGAAGAUGUCUGUGAAGCCGAGUGCAGGAGGUGCAGCGAUGUGUCACGUAUGUGAGGAGAGCUGCUCUGGAUUCCAGCCGCAUUCUUGGAGGAAAGCCUGUAUCUCCUGCGGCUGCAGCGUGGUCGACCACGCUCCAGGAAGUGACGCCGAGGACGACCAGCGAAUGGGACGCCUGCUCACGGACUCGCCCUGCUCCCAUCUGACAGCGAAGGUCAAAGGUGGCGGCGGCCUUCGCGUGUACAAGAGGAACCGUAUGAUCGUGACCAAUCCGGUGGUGUCGCGUAAAGACCCGACCUUCAACACCACGACGUACGACUGGGCGCCGACCGGCUUCAACCAGACACUGGCGAUGCAGUACAUGGAGCUCAUCCCGCAGAGUCGCCGUCCCGUCUCGGGGACAGAUGGAGCGUUGGAGCGACGCAGGCAGCUCUUCAGUCAGCUCCCGGCCUACGAUCAGGACCCCAUGAAGUGCCAGAGCCUGGCCAGUGAGGAGGAGAUUUCUUUGAUGCUGCUGUUUGUAAAAAGCUACAAACAGGAGGUGCUGGGACUCGGGGAGGUGGCCUUGCCUGGUGAGGGUGAAACGCUGAUUGAAGCAGCCAAUCAGAGGUCAGCGAAGGACGCCAAGGAACGCAGCGACAGUGACAGGAAGGAUGCUCUGGAGCACCAGGACCACGGCUCCUCCAACAGCAGCACUGCCUCUGCUACUGGCUCCGCUAACGGAACAGAUGGCAAGACUGGAUAUCGCUGCACCGGUUGCAACGGCGAGGUCGCCAAGGAGAGUCCGGCUGUUUACGCUGAGCGUGCUGGUUACCGUAGCGCCCUUUGGCAUCCCACCUGCUUCGUAUGUUCAGAGUGCGGCCAGGGAUUGGUGGACCUGGUCUACUUCUGGUCCAAUCAGAAGCUGUUCUGCGGACGACACUACUGUCAGAAGAUCUGGCCACGAUGCUCCGGCUGCGAUGAGUUGAUCUUCUGCAAGUCUUUCCACACGGCGAAAGAUGGACGGACGUGGCAUCAUCAUCACUACUGCUGCUGGAAGUGCGGGCAAAACCUGGAUACGCCCUGUCAGCACUGAGACACAACAUGGUGGUCAGUUUUAAGGAGUUUUAGCACUGCUGAAAAAAACAAAAACAGGAUUUCAGACGAGGCUAAUAAACAGAAACAGCAAAUCUAAUAUCGAGUGUAAUUUGUAUGCUUGUUUUAUAUAAACAAAAGAAAUAAGUAAAGCUUAAAAUGUUUAAAUGUGUCUGUGUAGUGAUAGAGCCGUUACCGCUAUCAGGAGGUGUUUGGGUUCCAGAUAAGUAAUACAAAUUGGGCUUAAAGUCUUUAAAUUUUAUGUUUAUUUGACAUUUACUAUUUAAAAUACUGUAUGCUACAAGCUAAGUAUAUAGACAUAUAGCGGAUGUUGAGGUAUUUAAUGUUCAGUUGAGCCUACUGGUGUUUCAGGUACUGAAACAAAUGUUAAGUCGAGACAAAAGUGUUUGAAGUACUUAAUGAAACAUUUACUGUUUAAACUCUAAGUGCUGACAGUGACUGGAGCCAGAUCUGCUGGUUUUAGAUACAAACAGCAGCUUACAGGACGGAGCAUCAGACAGUUUAGGAAACAAAUGAGUAAAUGAAAAUAAGAUGAGAAAUGAAUUAAUGAAAUAAAGAUCGCUUUCAACCACAUCACAGUCUUCAUCAGCAGAUUAUCAUGCUGCUAUUGUUAUUUAUUUAGGAUUUUUUUUUUCUUCCCCUAUGGGCUCAGAAGUUGAGCAUGAAAGUAUUUUUAUUUUUUUACUUUGGGAAGAGCAGUUUGAGUUAACAGGCACAAAUCAAGGAUUACUAUUUUGGGAGAUUUUGAUUGUAUCACAACGUCUUCAUCAGAAGGAAAUGUUUAAACAUCUACAUCAUGACCACUGACUGGUCCAUGACAAAUAAGGAAAUUAUCAGGAAUUAUCUUCCAAGCUCAAUAUUGAUAUUUAAGUUAAUGUAUUUUUUCCUGCAAAAUGUAACUAGGAGUUUCUCAGCUUUUAGGAUAAUCCCAGGUUGGCUCACUUGAAUGAAAUAGUGUUUAAUGUAUUUUGGAGCUCUCUUCUUCCUUUUAAAAACAGCAUGAAUAAGUAUAAUUCAUAGAACUAGACGACAGUUAAGCAGGGGUUAAGAAAAUAUUUGUACUUCAAAACUGUUUCAAGGACCACAAAAAGGUCAAGAAAACUCGAUUUUAGCCUGAAAGGUCGUCUUGGUUCUGUCUUACAUGGUACAUUGAAGAAGCACGCAGCAAAAAUGUUGCAAUUGUUGCAUCUAAUGUGUGCAAGUGCAGUGAGAAUAUUUCAACAUAUGUUCAAAAGAGAUCAACUUAUGUGCUGGGUUUUAGUUUGAAUAUGUGCAGAUUUGUGCUUUACUUUUAAUUCAGGCAGAAAAAAAUGUAAUUGUUUGAUUUAAACUUUGGAAAACUGGACAGGAAGAAGGCUGGAAAAGGCAUAAACGUGUUAUUUCAGUCAAACUGCAUGUUUUGCAUUUAACCUCUUUCAUUAAGAUGGAUCCGUGCUGCUGAGCGCUAAAUUGUGUUUAAAGUUUUGUUUUUUGUUAAAAAUUUUCAAAGGUGAUUCAUCUUUAAUAAUUGUGAGGUGUUAGUAUUUUUGCAAUGUGAUAAAAUCCUUUAAACAAGGUAGCCAGAAAUAAACAUUUGUGUGAGACGGAAGCUGAUAAGCUUUACUUUAGUUCUAUAACAUCAGCAUAACAUAACGCAAGGACCAGAAACUGGCAGACGUUCAGGAACUUCUUUAGGGGCCGGUAUGAAAAGAAAGUGGAUGCUGAGUUCCGAACUGUAAACAUUCAAUAUUCACAAAAUGGAUUUACUAGUUAAACACCAAACUGUGUGCUGUUGUCAGUAAAAAGUCCAAGACACAGGUGGUAUUUGGUGCUUUGAAGGUGUCCGUCUCUUGUUUAGUGCUUUUUUUUUUAUGACAUUGUGGUAUAAAACACAAAACUACAAGACUAUUUACUGAUUUCCACAGUGGAUAGUAAAUGAUAGAAAUCAGAUUGUACUGUUUUAAAUCAGAAGUGAUGGUGUCAAAGAGAUUUUUCUGCUGAUCAUGUUUUGACAGCUGAUAGAAUUAAAGUCACUUCU